ACCUGUUCAACGCUUUUCGCCUCUUUCUGUGGCAUCUGAAUGCCUGCCUCCUGAACAACUCGACAUGCAGCCCGGUCCUACGCUACCACAUGUGGCAUGCGGAGCAUCGUGUUCCUCGGUGCGCCCAGUCAAAAGAAGUUGGAAGAAACUUGGAAGGAGAGCUAUAUUGAUAAUGACUGGGCCCCUCUAUCACAACGGCCAAAUUUGACUGCUUGGCGGCAACUGCCUAGUCAAGCAGAGGAAGAUUUAGAGCCUGCAGCUGAUGAUUCAUAUCUUGUACCACUCAAUGAUGUCGAAGGAGCUGCUCAAGAUGCUACUUUUGGACAGGAGAAUGCUUCCGUUGCGUCCAACUUGACUUCUUUUCUGCUCACUCAACCAGUCAACUAUUGCUUUGAUCCUGCCAAGGUGCUCGAUCUUGAAGAUUUACUGGCAUCUCCAAUUUCCUCGAAUGAGCCUGGCAUUCAUGAGAGCUUUCCCAUUGCGUACACUUUCAUGGCUGCAAUCUUGUCGCCUCCAGUAAUGGAGCAGAAGAUUACAAAGUUUAACACGGAGCCGAUCCCCUUUGUCAGGCUCAUGGUGGGCGACCAUACAGCUUCUGGCUUCGAGAUUGCUUGUUGGGGAGUAUAUGCUCUGUCUAUCGCCCAAGAGUGUCGUGUUAGAGACGUGCUUCUCUUCCAAGACAUUUCCCUCAGUGACUUCAGGGGCAGGAUCCAGGCAAAGACGCGGCGAUUCAAGUCUCGCAUCUCAAUUCUAUAUCGCGUCGAUGCCAUCAGCAAACAAGAUCGUCGCUUACAACCGACACUGCUGGUAGAUGCACAAUCUCGACGUGUGCAAGAAGUUCGAGAUUGGGUCAUGCGAUGGAUACCCAAAGACUCUGGCCCUCCAUCAGAGCAGACUCAACCGCUGCCUGACACGCCCAACACGACAAGCGACACGUUCAAUUCCACACGCACCCAUUUAGAUCAUUCAACAAUGCACGCUACAUGAUGCUU